GUCUAUUUCUCGGCAGCCAGCAGAGGAGGACUGGCUAGCUGGUGUCAGUGGGUCAGAGUUUUUUCUCACACAGCUACUCUGCACAUUAGAGAGGGAACCCAUAUGCACAGGAAGCCUCUGAGUGCACAGAGAGAGCGAGAGAGAGAGAGUAAAAAAAAAUAAUAAAGACAACGCCUGCCACCAGUCAUAGCAGAAUACGUGAAGGCUCCGCUCAUGAACACAUGCAGCUAACAAGCUCCUGUCUUAACUGGGUGGAUUGUUUCUGAGUGACUGCUGUCUAUCGGUAAACUGAGAGGGCAGAAUGUCACGAAGGGACCAGAGGUUUCGGAGAGGAAUGAAAGGACGGUGUUGUGAAUGUGGCUGUAUCCUGUCUCACUGGUACUAUGAAAGAGAGGGACAGCUGUACUGUAAGAAGCACUACUGGGCCCGUUACGGAGAGCACUGCCACGGCUGCAAGGAGACCAUCGCAACAGGACUCAUUAUGGUUGCUGGAGAGCAGAAGUACCACCCUGAAUGCUUCACUUGUAUGAGCUGUGAAAUGUUCAUUGGAGAUGGGGACACCUACACGCUUGUCGAACGCACAAAACUCUACUGUGGCCACUGUUUCUGUCAGGGGUUAGUCUCAACUGUGAGGUCAGCUUCUCCAAUCACCAAGAGUCCCCACAUGGUGGCGCUGGUGUCUCUUCCUCCCCAUGCAGGUGGCCGACGAGGCCUGACUGUAGCCAUUGACCUCAGCCAAGAGAAAAGCGCUCUUGUCACUGUGACAGGGUUAGACUCAGCUGCCCUCAGCCCUGACCUGCUGUCGUCUGUCCACACUGGUGAUCGAGUACUGGAGGUCAACGGCAUCCCUGUCAGCAACAUUUCCCCAGACGAAAUAAACUGUGUGAUCCAGGACACAAGCAGACCACUGCAGCUGACCAUUGAACACAAUCCGCAGUCUGCUGACAACCUCCUUCCCACGAACAAUCCCCAGGACGACAUCAGCUGUCCUGACCCCCGUGUCUGCGACAAACUUGCUUCAACCCACAAACUCCCGAGUCUGGAAGAAGAGCCAAAUCCAGGGGAGGAGACAGAUGAACCAAUCAGGAUGAGCCUCUCGCCGCCUCCGCACCAAGGAAUCAUGGGGAUGCGAUCCAGACACAUUCUGCGUAGCUGUAGUAUAGAUAAGUGUCGUCUGUCCCCUGGAGCACUGUCGCUUUUAUCUCAAAGGAGAGACAUGGUUCGCUCAGAGUCUCUUCGUGUGGACCCUGGAGAUCGGACCCAUCGCAUCUUCAGACCUUCAGACCUCAUCCAUGGAGAAGUGCUUGGCAAGGGCUUCUUUGGACAGGCUGUCAAGGUAACACAUCAGGAGACAGGGGAGGUGAUGGUGAUGAAAGAGUUGAUAAGGUUUGAUGAAGAGACACAGAAGACUUUCUUAAAGGAGGUGAAGGUGAUGCGCUGUUUGGACCAUCCCAAUGUUCUUAAGUUCAUUGGACUGUUUUAUAAAGAGAAACGAAUAAACUUCGUCUCCGAAUACAUCCAAGGAGGAACUCUCCGAGAGACCAUCAUAAAAAUGGACAAGGAUUUUCCCUGGAGUAUAAGAGUGGGUUAUGCCAAAGACAUUGCAGCUGGAAUGGCCUAUCUACACUCCAUGAAUGUUAUCCACCGAGAUCUAAACACACACAACUGCCUGGUCAGAGAGAACCAGUCUGUGGUGGUGGCAGAUUUUGGACUAGCCAGGCUGGUGAUGGAGGAGAGGAAUCAGGGCAGAACAUCCUCUCUGGAACAGCCUGAGAAGGGGACACUGUCAGAGCUCCGCAGGCCUGACCGGAGGAAGCGGUACACCGUGGUCGGAAACCCCUACUGGAUGGCUCCUGAGAUGAUCCAUGGGAAAAGCUAUGAUGAACGGGUGGACAUCUUUUCCUUUGGUAUCAUGAUAUGUGAGAUAAUAGGUAGAGUGAGUGCCGACCCUGACUACCUCCCCCGGUCGAAUGACUUUGGACUAAAUGUAGCCGGUUUCCUGCAGCAGUACCACCCUCCACAGUGCCCCUCAGCCUUGCUGCCGCUGGCUGUCCUCUGCUGUGACAUGGACGCUGAGAAACGUCCUUCCUUUUCAAAGCUGGAGGAGUGGCUGGAGAACCUGCUGAUGCACCUGGACAUCGGUCUGCCUCUGCUCUCUGAGUUAGAGCAGCUCAGCAGAGCCUUCUGGCAGAAUCACAACAACCAAAACCACUCUCACAACCAGGACAAGACCCUUGAUUCUCAUGAACAAACCCACUGUUCACAGCCACAGAGACAGAGCCCCAAACCCAAGCGAAGUCCCGACAAUGCAAAAAAACACAUAGAGCCUAAUCACCUCACUCAGAGCCAAGACCAUUAUAGCACACCUGACAGCCAUUCGGACGGAGAGCAACACACGCAUGACAACAAUGACAUGAGUACUGAGCACGACCACUCCUGUUUGAGCAGGGAAUGUAACGACCACUCACAAGAUAAGAGCCAGAUGUGUUGCAGGUCUACGAGCGCAGACUCAGGCAAGAAUGGGUCCGAAACCUAUGGACACAAUAACCUCUCAGGACAACCAAAAGCCCAGCACGAGCCCUCACAACAGCUGCAGAUCAACAACUCGCUGCUAGGCCGGUCUAACAGGCCCAGAAGGUCAUGCAGAGCGAUGUGGGACAGAUCUACAGAGGACAGCUCUUUUCUCUGACUGCCAAGACAGGACACAUCUGCAAAGCUGAGGGCUAAAAACACUUUAUGAAGACAUCUGUGCCUUUUCAAACAAUUGGGAGAGAAGUGAAGGAGUCAUAAAGCUGUAUGUGGAGGACUAAUGCAUAGAAAACCUGCAGAGGCAUAAAACCAAUCAAUACAGAUUGAUAUGGGAUAUUUUGUAAGAAAAUAAGUAAAGAUUUGUAUGCAGCUUCAUAACAAUUGCUUAGCACAUUACAUUUGCCUCAUGUUGCUCUGUGAACUAGUAUUUAUGUGGUUUCAACUAGAGCGCAACUGAUGCUGGAUUUAUUUGAUACCCAUAUUUGGUAUUUCAACAUUUGGACAUUUCAGAGUUUAAUAAUAGAGGUAUAUUGGCUGGUAUACAAUAUAGAGUCCAUAAAUUCCCCAAAAUUUGUCAGUGCUCUCUGGUGGACAGACUAUGUAAUGGCGACACUGUUUCUAAAUUACCUCAAACAUAUCUAUCAAGCAUUUCUGUACAACAGUUUCUCUUUACUUAUCGGCCAACAUCUAUAAUGAGUUUUAGCAUAUCUGUAAUAAGCUGAAGUUGGCCGGCCAGUUCAUCAUUUGGGCUCUAGCGCCAAAUUUGUCCAGAAGCUGUGAAACAUAUUGCACUUUAAGCAACACUGCAAUUAUUUAUCAGAAUGUUUUUUAUGUAUUUUGUGUUGUACAUUUUCAGCCCACAUACAGCACACUGAGCUGUGAACAUACAAAACUACAACUGUAGUUAACUUAAUAAAGUGUAAUAUAAAUUCAUGUGACAUUUAAAUCACUAUUUAGCAUUAAAUGACUCACUAUAUUUAACAUACCUUAGUAAAACGUACUCCUAUUUGAUUAUCAAAUACAGUAAUUUUUCUAAUGCAGUUCUUUAUAAUUUAUCAGGGAAGGUGACCAACAAUUUGCCAUUCCUGAGUAUAAUUACACCAUUAAAGGUAUACUUAACAGAAAACCUAUGUAGGUUUUCAAAUUGCUCUUUUGCCAGGAAAGUAGUUAGCUGUAGUCAACUUGGGUUAGCCGUUUGUGCCUCUCAUGUAUUAUCAUUGUAUGUCACCCAGCUAACGCUAGGCAUCGUUUCUCUGAAAGACAAAAUUAAAACGUUUUAUUUCUGC